AUGCAGGAGACUAACGCGUUCCUGCUGUCGGCCCUGCAGCCCGAGGCCGGCGUCUGCUCGCUGGCCUUGCCCUCGGACCGGCAGCUGGACGAGCGUGGCCGGGAGGCGGCCGAGGCCCAGCGGCUGCGCAGCGCCCGUGUCCAGGAGCAGGUCCGCAUCCGCAUGAUGCUGCGGGGCCAAGCGCCCGCCCACCCCGAGGAUCUCGCCGACGGCACCAGAGGUGGUCAGUACAGCUCGACCCUGCGCUCCUCCUUCAGCUCCCGUUCCCAGAGCAAUGGUGUGGAUCCCAAAGCCUCGCUGUACCAGCCUCUGGCCAAGAAGGAUUUCUGCACGCUGCGGGGCAGCGGCUGGUCCUCGCGCUCGGCCGUGGACCUCACCCCGCACAAGCGCGUGGCCGCCAUCAGCAACGGGGGCCUGCCCAAGGGCCGCGCCUACGUCGCCGGCUACGCGGCCUCGCAGGCGGCCGCCGCCUCGCCGCGGCCCAGCUCCUUCCACGAGCGCAACUUCCGCUGCCGCCAGAACCUGGACACGCUGUCGCUGCGCUCCCUCCGCCUGGCCGACGGGCCCCUGCCGCUGGCCGACGACCGCUACAGCGUCCUGUCGGAGCAGCUGGACGCGCCGGGGCACCGGCAGCUCUACAAGAGCCAGGCCGCCGGCGGCUUCGGCCGCUCCUUCGCCUUCGAGCGGCAGCUGAGCGCCGGCACGGCCACCAAGGCCGCCUGCGACUGGCUGGACGGCGCCGAGGGGCCGCCGAGCCGCACCAUCCGCGCGCCCGCCAUGCGCACGCUCCAGCGCUUCCAGAGCAACAACCGCUCGCGGCUGAGCGCCGGCUCCUUCGGCACGGUGCCGGCGGGAGGCAGCGGCGCCUUCCUGGGGCUGGGGGAGCACGGCUCCCGCGCCCCCUCCGUGCGCAGCCUGGCCGAGUCCGGCCACCACCUCGCGGAGCCGCGCGCCAUGGAGAUGUACAACGGGCACGGCGCGCUGCUCGGGCACCACGCCGGAGGGUUUGACGACAUCGACCUGCCCUCAGCAGUGAAGUACCUGAUCGCCAGUGACCCCAACCUGCAGGUGCUGGGCGCUGCCUACCUGCAGCACAAGUGCUACAGCGACAGCAGCGCCAAGAAGCAGGCCCGCAGCCUGCAGGCCAUGCCCAAGCUGGUGAAGCUGUUCAACAGCCCGAACCAGGAGGUGCAGCGCCACGCCACCGGCGCCAUGCGCAACCUCAUCUACGACAACGCCGAGAACAAGCUGGCGCUGGUGGAGGAGAACGGCAUCUACGAGCUCAUGCGCACCCUGCGGGAGCCCGACGACGAGCUGCGCAAGAAUGUCACAGGGAUCCUGUGGAAUCUGUCCUCCAGCGACAACCUGAAGGAUCGCCUGGCCCGGGACACACUGGAGCAGCUCACAGACCUGGUCCUGGUCCCUCUCUCUGGGCUGGGGGGCUCGGGUGUCAUCCAGCAGAACCCCUCAGAGGCAGAGAUCUUUUAUAACUCCACGGGCUUCCUCAGGAACCUGAGCUCUGCCAGCCAGCAGACCCGGCAGAAGAUGCGCGAGUGCCACGGGCUGGUGGACUCCAUGAUCCACUAUGUGAACAGCUCCCUGGAGGUGGGGAAGUCAGAGGACAAGAGCGUGGAGAACGCUGUCUGUGUCCUGCGCAACCUCUCCUACCGCUUGUACGACGAGAUGCCCCCGUCCUCGCUCCAGCGCCUCGAGGGCCACCGGAGGAACGCCGGCGGCACGGUGACGGGGGAGCUGGUGGGCUGCUUCAGCCCCCAGAGCAAGAAAGCCCGGGAGCACUACCUGAACGCGGACAUCGUCACCUUCACGGAGGUCUCCAAGGACCCCAAGGGCAUGGAGUGGCUCUGGAACCCGCAGAUCGUGGGCAUCUACAACCGGCUGCUGCAGCGCUGCGAGCUCAACAAGCACACGACGGAGGCGGCCUCGGGCGCCCUGCAGAACAUCACAGCCGGGGACCGCAGGUGGGCGGGUGUGCUGAGCCGGCUGGCGCUGGAGCAGGAGCGCAUCCUGAAUCCCGUGCUGGACCGUGUCCGCACCGCCGACCACCACCAGCUGCGCUCCCUCACUGGCCUCAUCCGCAACCUGUCCCGCCAUGCCCGCAAUAAGGACGAGAUGUCCACCAAGGUGGUCAGCCACCUGAUCGAGAAGCUGCCCGGGAGCGUCGGGGACAAGGCCCCGCCUGCCGACGUCAUCGUGAACAUCAUCGCCGUGCUCAACAACCUGGUGGUGGAGAGCCCCAUGGCCGCCCGCGACAUCGUCUACUUCGACGGCCUCAGGAAGCUCUUCUUCAUCAAGAAGCGACGGGACAGCUCGGACAACGAGAAGUCAUCCCGAGCCGCCGCCAGCCUCCUGGGAAACAUGUGGCAGUACACCAAGCUCCACCGGGACUUCAAGAUGAAGGGGUACCGGAAGGAGGACUUCCUCAGCCUGUGAGGACACCCUGGGAGCCGGAACGCCUCGCUGGGAUGCUCCGUGCUGCCGGCCGUGCCGUGGGGAGGCUGCGCGCCGCCGGACCCCAGCUCUGUAGCCCAAUCCCUACAUUCCAUCGUGCACCUCCCCCUUUCCCUGGCUGCGGGACACUUGUCCUCCCUCCUGCCCAGCCUGAAAUCCAGCGGCUGCUUUUGGCUCUGCUGUGGGGCCCCGCUGGGACCCCAGUUAGGGGGGGCUGCCCCAUGGCGCCCCUUGGGGGCCGUCCCCGCUCUCAGGCAGCUGUCUGCAAAACUUGGCUUGGCCUGCAGCUUGACAGGGGGGCAGGAGCUGCAGGGGGUUGGGAAGGCUGCUGUAGGGCCAUUCUGGGGCAAGGGGGCUUCUGGGGGUGCUUCAUCCCAGC